AUGCUCCGAAAAUACCUUCUUCUGCCGCUUUUGGCAUCAUAUGGUGCAGCUGUCACUAUAUCGGUAGCAAAGUCAGGCGGCAAUGUUACUACAAGUCUGCAAUACGGCGCAAUGGAAGAGGAAAUCAACCACUGUGGUGAAGGAGGUCUUUACGCCGAGUUGAUCCGCAACAGAGCCUUCCAAGGGAGCACAAAGUAUCCCUCAUCCCUCGAUGCCUGGUCUGCGGUCGGACGCUCGUCGCUGUCUCUGCAAACCCUCGCUGAUCCGCUCUCGACUGCCCUGCCGAAUUCCGUCAAUGUCAAGGGUACUGGUAUAGUUGGGCUUGCCAAUGAGGGCUUUUGGGGAAUUGACGUUCGCCCUCAAAAGUAUACCGGAUCAUUCUACGUGAAAGGCUCUUACACUGGCUCCUUCACAGCCUCUCUCCUAUCAUCCACUGGCGAAGUCCUGGCUACUACUAAGGUUGCUUCAAAAAGUGUUGCAAAUGAGUGGGUGCAACAUGAGUUUAUCCUGACCCCGAAGAAGAAGGCUGCAGAUUCCAAUAAUACCUUUUCAUUGACUUUCGAUGGCUCGAAGACAUCAAGUGGCUCGCUAGACUUCAAUCUGAUCAGCCUAUUUCCUCCCACGUGGAAUGACCGCCCCAAUGGCAUGCGCAGGGAUUUAAUGCAAGCCUUGGCUGAUCUAGGUCCUAAAUUUCUCCGUUUCCCUGGAGGAAACAACCUCGAGGGUGAUACUAUUGAGGGCCGCUGGAAGUGGAAUGAGACCAUCGGACCACUCAAAGACCGUCCAGGCCGUGCAACCACAUGGCAAUAUGGUGAAACCCUUGGAUUAGGCCUGGUCGAGUAUAUGCAGUGGUGCGACGACCUUGGCAUGGAGCCUAUUUUGGCGGUUUGGGCCGGACUUGCUUUGAACGGAGAAGUCGUCCCCGAAGCGGACCUCGAUUUCUAUGUUCAGGAUGCUUUGAAUGAGAUCGAGUUCUUGACUGGAUCCGUGGACACUGAGUACGGUGCACUGCGCGCCAAGAUUGGACACCCAGAUCCAUGGAAGAUCCGCUAUGUCGAGGUCGGAAACGAGGAUCAUCUGAGUGAUGGUUUGAGCUCGUACAGGGCGUAUCGUUUCUCGGCGUUCUACAAUGCUAUCACGGCGAAGUAUCCUGACAUUCAAGUGCUUGCUUCCACCAUCAAUAUGACCAUCCCCGGAACUGCCGGUGGGGAUUACCACCUGUAUGAUACCCCGGAUAACAUGGUCACCCAAUUCGACAUGUUCGAUAAUUUUUCACCGGACCAUCCUAUCUUGCUUGGUGAGAUUGCUGCUACCGAGCCCAACAAUGCAGGCAAUAUCAACUGGGACGACACCCAUUUCUCUAUGUAUCCUUGGUGGAUUGGCACCAUUGGCGAAGCUGUGUUCCUUCUGGGCGCAGAGCGCAACGCUGAUAAGAUCAUCGGAACUACCUAUGCUCCUUUCUUGAUGAACUUGGAUAGCUACCAGUGGUCCCCAACCUUACUGUCCUUCAACUCCAACCCUGAUCAGACGGCUCGCUCAACCUCAUGGCAUCUGUACAGCUUGUUUAACCAUAACCACAUGACCAACACCCUCCCAGCCACUUCCUCUGACGCCUUUGGUCCUCUAUAUUAUGCAACGGGUGUUGAUAAUAAGACCAAUUCGCACAUAUUCAAGGCGGCAGUAUAUAAUAGCACAGCUGAAGUGCCAGUCUCGCUAACGUUUGAGGGUGUCGGUCGUGGAACCAAAGCCGACUUGACCAUCUUGACGGCGCCGGAUCCAUUUGCUAUGAACGAGGUUGGUGGCGCGAACAUUGUCAAUAGCAAAACUACUCAGAUCAAAGCGGGCAAGAAGGGAGAGUUCUCUUUCAAAUUGCCUAACUUGAGCAUUGCGGUGCUUGCUACCCAAUGA